UAAAUAAGUAAAAUAUAGACACAUAAAAGUAAGUGGGAAAUUAUAUUAUCGAUAUCGAUACGAAAUUCAAUUUGCAAUUGUCAAGAACGUCACGUCUCUAACAGGUACCUACUGUGUCGUAUGUAAAAAUUACAUAAGGCUAAAUAAAUCAAAUUCCAGAAUGGCCGGAGACUCAGUCGACGAAUCCCAGCUUAAAGGCUUGUCGAAAUACUUCAACAGCCAAACCAACAGAGGCAGAGCAAAUACCGCAAAGGCCACAUAUGCAUUCUUCGGUGCGUUGAUAUUGUACUUCACCCUGAAACCCUCCAAGAAGUAAAAAUUGACAGAUUUCAUAAACCUACUGUAAAUUUUAUUUUUAGCCUUAUGAUAUUUAUUUCAAUAAGGGCAGUGUACAUUUAGUUAAUAAAAAUCAUGUAAAACUGUU